AUGGAUAGCAAAACGAUUGGUAUUUUAGGAGGCGGCCAAUUAGGUCGUAUGAUUGUUGAAGCGGCCCAUAGAUUGAAUAUCAAGACCGUGAUUUUGGACGCAGCCAAAUCACCAGCUAAACAGAUUAAUGCUUUAGAUGAUCAUGUUGACGGGUCAUUUACAAACUAUGAAUCGAUUGUGAAAUUGGCUGAAAAAGCUGAUGUAUUAACUGUUGAAAUUGAACAUGUUGAUGUCGAUGCUUUGAUCAAAGUUCAAAAGAAAUUUCCCGACGUUGAAAUAUAUCCAUUACCUGAAACCAUUAGAUUGAUUCAAGAUAAGUAUUUGCAGAAAAAUCAUUUAGUCAGUCACGGAGUUGCAGUUACAGAAUCUGUUGCUGUUGAAAACAACACUAUUGAUGACUUAUUAAAUAUUGGAGAAAAGUUUGGAUACCCUUAUAUGUUAAAAUCAAGAACUUUAGCAUAUGAUGGUAGAGGUAACUUUGUUGUCAAAAACAAAUCAUACUGUGAGAAAGCUUUAGAAUUUUUGAAAGAUCGUCCAUUAUAUGCUGAAAAAUGGUGUCCCUUUACCAAAGAGUUGGCUGUAAUGGUAGUGAGAUCAUUAGAAGGGGAAGCAUUUGCCUACCCAACCGUUGAAACUAUUCAUGAAAACAAUAUUUGUCAUUUAGUGUACGCUCCUGCCAGAAUUCCAGACACUUUAGCUAAAAAGGCAUCCAUAUUAGCCAAGAAUGCAGUAAAGUCGUUUCCUGGGUGUGGUAUUUUUGGUGUUGAAAUGUUCUUGUUGGAAAAUAAUGAAUUAUUGAUCAAUGAAAUUGCACCAAGACCUCAUAAUUCUGGUCAUUAUACCAUUGAUGCCUGUGUCACAUCGCAAUUUGAAGCCCAUGUUCGUGCUGUUUCAGGAUUGCCUAUGCCAAAGGGGUUCACCGAGUUUUCUACUUCUAUCACUAAUGCUAUUAUGUUGAAUGUUUUAGGUGAUAAGGAAUCUCCAAAUAAAGAAUUGGAAAUUUGUCGUCGUGCUUUGGAAACCCCACAUGCUUCAGUAUAUCUUUAUGGUAAAACCACUAGACCAGAGCGAAAAAUGGGCCAUAUCAAUAUUGUCACAUCUUCCAUGCAAGAUGCUGAGAGUAGAUUGAGUUAUAUAUUGGGUGACACCACUGAAAUUCCUAAAUCUUUAACUGUUGACAAAGAAUCUCCGUUGGUGGGAAUAAUAAUGGGUUCAGAUUCUGAUCUACCAGUUAUGGCAGUUGGUGCUCGUAUAUUGAAACAAUUUGGUGUGCCAUUCGAACUCACAAUUGUAAGUGCCCACAGAACACCACAUAGAAUGUCUGAGUAUGCCAUUGAAGCUCCAAAACGUGGCUUGAAGUGUAUUAUAGCUGGUGCCGGUGGUGCUGCUCAUUUGCCAGGUAUGGUGGCGGCUAUGACUCCGUUGCCUGUCAUUGGUGUUCCUGUUAAGGGAUCUACUUUAGAUGGGGUUGAUUCGUUGCACUCUAUAGUGCAAAUGCCAAGAGGUAUUCCUGUUGCAACUGUUGCUAUUAACAACAGUACUAAUGCUGCAUUAUUGGCAAUUAGAAUACUAGGUGCCUACGACUCAAAAUGGUUGACCGAGAUGAACCAGUAUAUGUUGAAUAUGGAAACGGAAGUAUUAGGUAAAGCAGAGACUUUAGAAGAAAUUGGAUACGAAGACUAUUUGACAGAUAAAUUGAAAAAAUAG